UCAUCAUGCAGGGUGAGCAGAAAUACUCUGAGCGGAUACUUCCUGGCUGGACGGGACAUGGCCUGGUGGCCGAUUGGAGCAUCUCUCUUUGCCAGCUCAGAGGGCUCAGGGUUGUUUAUCGGCCUGGCUGGGACCGGAGCUGCUGGAGGCAUUGCUGUCACCGGCUUUGAAUGGAAUGCCACAUAUGUGCUGCUCGCCCUUGCCUGGGUUUUUGUGCCUGUCUACAUUUCUUCAGGGAUUGUGACGAUGCCGGAGUACCUGGGCCGUCGCUUUGGAGGAGAGAGGAUCAGAACCUACCUGGCUGUGUUGUCUCUGCUGCUGUCUGUCUUCACAAAGAUUUCAACUGACUUGUACUCUGGAGCAUUAUUUGUCCAGGUGUGCCUCGGCUGGAACCUCUACCUGUCCACUGUCCUCAUGCUUGUGGUGACAGCUCUCUACACUAUCGCAGGUGGUCUUGCUGCUGUGAUCUACACCGACACUCUGCAGACGUUUGUCAUGAUCGUUGGGGCGAUCAUCCUAACAAUCACUGCCUUCAACAAGAUUGGCGGCUAUGGCAACCUGGAGCAAGUGUACAGCAUGGCGGUUCCCAAAAAGAUCAUCCCCAACAGCACCUGCCACCUGCCUCGUGAGGACGCCAUGCACCUGUUCCGAGACGCCGUCACCGGAGACCUGCCCUGGCCUGGAAUGACUCUGGGGUUAACCAUACUGGCCACGUGGUACUGGUGCUCUGACCAGGUGAUUGUACAACGGUCCCUGUCUGCUAAGAACAUGAGUCAUGUGAAAGGAGCGUCAAUCCUGGCUGCCUAUCUGAAAAUGCUGCCGUUUAUCUUCAUCAUCCUUCCUGGCAUGAUCAGCAGAGCUCUCUAUCCAGACUCUGUGGGAUGUGUGGAUCCAGAGGAGUGUGUGCGGGUGUGUGGGGCUGAGGUGGGAUGCUCCAACAUCGCCUUCCCCAAACUGGUCAUUGAACUCAUGCCAAGUGGCCUUCGAGGGCUUAUGAUAGCAGUGAUGAUGGCUGCCCUGAUGUCCUCGCUCACCUCCAUCUUCAACAGCAGCUCCACACUCUUCACCAUGGACAUCUGGAAGAAACAUCGCCCACGUGCCUCAGAGCGAGAGCUGCUACUGGUCGGCAGGAUCGUGACUGUGAUUUUGGUGGUGGUGAGCGUGGUGUGGAUCCCCAUCCUGCAGUCGGCCAACAGCGGCCAGCUGUACGUUUAUAUCCAGUCAGUGACGAGUUACCUCGCCCCGCCCGUCACUGCGGUGUUCACUCUGGCCGUGUUUUGGAAGAGGACCAAUGAACAGGGGGCAUUCUGGGGCCUGAUGGUGGGCCUGGUGGUGGGUGUGUGUCGGAUGGUGCUGGAGUUUGCCUUCCCACCUCCUAGAUGUGGCAUUGUGGAUUCAGCUCCUGCUGUGCUGCGUGGCGUCCAUUACCUCCAUUUCGCCAUCCUGCUGUGUGGGCUCACUGCGAUCGUUGUGGUUGUAGUAUCACUGCUCACACCACCACCCAGCCAUGAGCAGAUUUGUAAUCUGACCUGGUGGACUAUAACUGAAGAACCACAGAGAGAAAUACCCCUCCAGAAAGUGUCCUCUAUCAGCCACCGCAACUCCCAGAGCUCUGAGCCAGCUCAGCGGAUGACGUGCGGUCACGGCACAGGACUGUGUAUCUCGGCAGCUCGACGAUCAGAGGAUACUCCAACUCCCAGAGUGCUCAGCGUCAGAGAGAGCGUGUUCUGGUCAAGGUUCUGCUGCGUGAACGCUCUCCUGCUGGUCAGCAUUAACAUUUUUCUGUAUGCAUACUUCGCCUGAGUGAAGGAGUCGAUUUAACAUCCUGCCUCACCCUCCCUCUGAACUCCUGCCAAACUCUCAAACAUGGAGCGCAAACUCCGCCUGCCUGCCAAACAGACUGAUUUCUCCAAAUACAUGAAUGUGUGGAAGCAAACUGUGAUUUUAUGCAACUCUUUCAAAAUCAACACCAUGUACUGUGUUCAAAAUGAAUAAUGUAGCUGCAGAUGUAGCACAGUUUAACUAGAAAAAAGUCAGAGAGCACAUUCCUCUGCAAAAAAAAGACUGCACAAACCUCGACAUGUCUUAUUUUGAUGGGAAGAAGUAUUUGAAUCUGCCCGCAUUUCUGUCAAAUUACACAUAAUGAUAGAUGAUUAUCACAUCAUUUCACAUUCUCGAGUUUUUCAUAGAAGUAGAAGCUUAAGGUCAAGAGUCAAAAUGUUAGAUAUCUCAAAAUGUUUCUGUUUUUCAAUGUUGUUCUAAUAGGAAACCAUGCAUAUGAAGACAUGUUGACCUAACCGUACCAACAACUGUGGAACAAUUUGGAGAACUAUAAAAAAGUUCACAUCUGAACUUUCGUCCAGGCAGUUUCAUCCAGGAUGACUCUAUAGAAAAAGAUGCUGCAAGUAGAGCGAUGCAACCACAGAAUAUCAUUACCCACAGUGCAUUGCACAAGAAUGAAAGGAUACAUGUGAAUCUACUUGAAAAACCCCAAAAUGUAAAAAACCCAAUUCCAAAAAAGUUUGGACAUUGUGUAAAAUGUGAAUUAAAAACAGGAUACAGUAAAAUGCAAAUCCUUUUCAACUUACAUACAAUUCAAACAGCACAAAUGAAAGAUAUUUAAUAUUUGAACUGACACUUUUGAAAAACAAGCACACAUUCUGAAUUUAAUAUCUGCAACAUGUUCCAGAAAAGUUGUGGCAGGAGCAUGUUAACCACUGUGUUACAUCACCUUUUCUUCUUCUUGUAGCUCGUUCAGAGUGUGGCUUGGCUUUUUUGCCAUGAAAAACAUCUGGGUGGAAGCAUAUAUUGCCUCAAAUCAUGUAACUCUUAGUAUUAAUGGUACAUUUAGAUAUGUGCAAGUUACCCAUCUUAUGGGCCACAAUGCACCUCCACAUUUUCACAGAUGCUGGCUUUAAACUUUAUGUUGAUAAUAGUCUGGAUGGUCCUUUCUCUCUUUAGCCAAGAGGAUUCAGGCCGCAGCACACUCUUUCCAGUUUAGGUCAGUCCAUCUCAGAUGAACUCAGGCUCAGAGAAGGCAGUGGAACUUCUGAAUGUUGCUGAUGUAUGGCUGUCACUUUGCAUGAUAAGAGUCUUAGGUUACAUUUUUAGAUUUAGCAACGUACUGUUAAGUGAGAAUGUUUUUUCAAAGUGUUCCUGAGUCCAUGUUAUAACAUCCAUCACAGAAUGAUACCAGAUUUGAAUGCAGUGCCGCCUGAGGGAUCCAGGUUCGCAGGCAUUUGUUGUUGGUUUGAACCCUUGCCUCUUACCUGCAGAGAUUUCUCCAGAUUCUCUGAAUCUUUUGAUGACAUUAUGGAUGUUAUGGCCUGUGGAUGGUGCAAUCUCUAAAUUUGGUGAAAUUGCACUCUGAGGAUUGUGGUUCAUAAACUGUUGGACUAUGUACCCACGCAUUCUUUCACAAAGUGGAGAAACUCAUGCAGUUUUUCCAGCCUUUUAUACCGAAUUAUGGUUUUAUCACCUGCUGCCAAUUAAGCUACUUACCUGUGGGAUAUUCUAGGGUGUUUUAAGCACUUUCGCUGUUGUAUCUGGCUCCUGUCCAAACUUUUUUGGAAUGUGUUGUAGGCAUUCAAUUCAUACAUGUGUACCUUCCUCAGUAUUUUUGCACAUAUCUUUGGGUAUUCAGAGUAUCUACUGACCCAAAUAUAAGUGCAAUAAGUUAAUCCAGCCCUCCUAUGUCUGAAAACAAAACUGGGUGUUGUUCAGAAUCUGUUCUCAUUGUGGCAAUAUGACAGUCAAUAUAAAAACACUCAUCACCUGGUUUCUCCACCCACAGCCAUGAAAGCACACAGCUGUACUCUGUAGCAGCAUCAGAGGAGAUCAUUUGCAUUUAAAGAGACAAGCACACCAAAACUGACCAUUCUGAAAAAGGCUGUUUAAAGCUGGUUUAAACAGGGUCAAAAGCCUCCAUCCAUGUUAUAUUUGACCUUACCAAGUUGCAGACAUUUCAUUUAGAGCAAGGGCGGCUGUGUUAAAAGGUGGAAAAGGGAUAUGU